AUGCGAGUGAUCGUGCCGGCAAAGUUGCGCAACUUGCUGCUGGACGAACUCCACGAAGGGCACCCAGGCAUCGUGCGCAGCAAGCAAAUGGCGCGCAGCUACGUGUGGUGGCCGUCCAUCGAGGCGGACCUCGAGAAUCGUGUCAAGGCCUGCUGGCCGGAAGUGUUUGUUAUGCGCUCGACUACGUCGGAUGCUACUGUGGAGAGAUUGAGAGAGCUCUUUGCACGGUUUGGUUUCCCAGAAACCAUUGUCAGUGAUAACGGCCCGCAGUUCACUUCUGAAGAGUUCAAGCUUUUUGUAAAAGAAUUGGGCUGUCGUCACGUGCUUACAGCACCGUAUCAUCCCAGCUCAAACGGGCUUGCAGAGCGUUUUAUUCAGACACUUAAAAACGCUCUUCGUAAAUCUAGCGGAGCAGACACAUUACAACUGAGGCUUCACAAGUUUUUGCUUACCUAUCGCAACUCGCCCCAUGCGACAACAAAUGAGUCACCAGCAAACUUGUUACUAGGACGACGGCUGCGAAAUCGACUCGAUGUUAUCAAGCCAGCGGUGGGAGGAAGGGUUGCAUAUAACCAGUUCAAGCAAUCCGUGGCUCGCCCACGUCGUGAUCGUGACAUAGCAGUCGGUGACCAAGUGAUGGCUCGCAAUUAUCGGGGCAGACCAAACUGGGUCCCUGGUGUUGUUGUGGGGCAGUCCGGCCCUGUGUCUUUUACAGUUCGUGCUACCACACCCAGAGGCAGUUUCACCUGGCGUCGUCACAUGGACCAGCUGCUCGCGCGGAUCACGGAUCCGGACCGCGAGGCAUCUGACCAAGAGGGGUACGAGUUCCUGGCGUUCCCACCAAGCGUCGACCCAGUGACAUCCUCCGCUCCUACCACCAGUGGUCCUGCCGCUUCGCAAGAGAUCCAGACGGCGGGUGCAAGACGCUACCCGACUAGAGACCGUCGACCACCGGACAGAUAUCAAGCUGGAGUUUAGCUUGGUAAAUUAGCCAAUAUAAAAGGGGAGGGAUGUGGUGUCAGGCCUAUCGCCACCGUCCAUAAUGCGCAGGCGCGCAAAACGAAUAAAAGGCGUGCGCCGCAACCUGCGCGUGGGCUUAUCUCGAC